AUGAGUGAUGGAGUUAAGGAGUUGCCCUGGGGGGUGUCAUGGGUGGUGGUGACUGGGGCAUCAAAAGGCCUUGGGGCAGCCAUAUGUGAGGGUGUGGCAGGUGUGGUGGCCCCUGGCUCUGUCAUCAUAGGUGUGGCUCGCUCACAACAUGGUCUGGACAACACUCAAGCAAUGGUCCACAAGGCCAACCCAGAUGUCAAGUUCAUCUCAAUUGGAAUGGAUCUUGAAACAGCCAGUAAGGAGGAGUUGCAGAAAACUCUGGAUAAACUGCCACAGGUGGGACAGAGCUCUCGUCCAACUCGCUGUCUCUUGUUCCACAAUGCUGGCUCCCUUGGCAAUCUGGUGUACUUGCGGGAUCUUAAGGACCAAGACCAUAUCAACAGCUAUUUCCGUCUGAAUAUCGGAUCUGUGGUGUUGCUGAAUGCUUUGUUCAUAGAUAUGAUGCUCAAGCAGCCUGAUGUAUCAAUAGAUGUUAUCAAUAUUUCAUCAUUGUGUGCUGUGCAGCCCUUCAAGUCAUGGGGUCUCUAUUGUGCUGGAAAAGCCUCAAGGGAUAUGCUCUUUAAGGUUCUAGCAGAAGAAGAACCCCGCAUUCGUGUGUUGAAUUAUGCACCAGGACCUUUAGACAAUGAAAUGCAGGAGACAGCUCGAAGUGCAACAGGAGACAAAGAGCUGCGAUCAGCUUUUGCAUCAUUAAAAGAUGAAGGAAAACUUAUUCCCUGUAAUGUAUCUGUGAACAAACUCUUGAAUAUACUAAAACUACAUCAGUUCAAGUCUGGAGACCAUGUUGACUACUAUGAUGCAUAAUCUCCACUUCCAGUAAUCUGCAUUGGACCACCACAAUGUCCAGCCAACACAGGUUUACUGCUUUGUGAUAAUGAAAAUAUGCUUUAACAGUGAUAUUGAAGGUUAUACAACAGUGAUCAUUUCUGGUAGUUGAUAAAUUAUAUAUGGGCAUCACUGGGUGUCUUUACUUUUUGCCAACCAGUAAUUCUUAAUUUCAUGCAGUUUCAACACCUUGAAUGCUGAUGGACUGAUACCUUGUCUGCUGUACUCAAUAACUUCUAAAGGAACUUAUCAAGCAACUGGUUGGUAAAAUGUCUUCAGAUACCCAAGUGUUGCACAUCUCUUGACUCAACAGUGUCAGUAAUGUAUACCAUCAGAGUAAACAGUGACACUUUUUAAUAAAUGAAAGGGAUAUGCCUGAUAAGUAUACCAUGGAAAGUAUGAAGUAGAAUUAUUCAGAGAGUUCAGGGGUAAAACAGAGGACUGCAGAUACGUAGAUCAGGUGUUUACUUUAAAGUGUACAAGUGGGCAAUACUUGGGUAAGAGUAGAGCCACUGUUGUAGUCAAGGAUUUGGAAAUGACCUAUGAUAGGAGAGCCAAGUGACAGAUAUUGCAUAUGUAUGGAAUAGGGAGUAGGUUACUGAAAUCAGUUAAGUUUUAUGCAUUUAGACUAAGGUACGUAGGAGGGAAGGAGACCAUUUCCCAGUGAAAGAUGACACGGGGAUACUUACCGUGGUUCCUUAACGUAUUUUUAGAUGGGUUAGUGUAUGACCUAUGCAGGUUUGUGUUAAACCUGUAUAGGUUAUUAAAGUGAAUCCUAGGGCAUUGGGAAGGGAUAGUUCGUUUGGGAGGGUAUAUAAAAGUAGGAAAUUAAAAGUGAACAUAGAAAAGAGCAGGGUGAUAAGGGUAAUGAAGAAUCAAAGCAAUUAUAGGUUAAAUAUCAAAUUGGAGGAAGUGGAUGAAUUGAUAUUUGGGAGUGGACAUGUCAGUAAUGGAUCUGAAAGAGAGAGAACCAUAGAUUAAAGGGGAAGAAAAAAGUAAGUGUAUUGAGGCAUCUGUGGAAAGAAGUAUAGAAGUAAAAGAAAAUGUACUAGGUGUAGUGGUACCAAUGCUUUGAAUGUUGCAGCUAGAGGCAGUGGAGCUAUAAUGUUUGAAAGUAGUGUAUGGUGUCAAUAUUAUGCUGAGGUUUUAGUGCAGAAAAUGAAAGCGUAGGAAUUGCCAGGUGUGUAAUUCAGAGCUGAGGAAGGGAUGCUUUGGUCAUUAAGAGUAAUAUGAUGACAGGAUGUAUAAGUUUGGGGGCCAGAAGGUAGGGGGGUAAAGGAGGCUUUAGGGUUCUGCAAACAUGUUAAUGAAUGGAGAAAAGUGCGAAAGCAAGGUAACACUUAUGAAGGGAUUCGGGGAAAUGGCUAGCUGGACUAGUCCUGGAGGUAGGAAGGGCAGUGCCUGCACUUUGAUUGAAUGGAGGGGUGGGGGAUGUUCUUUCAGUUGUAUAAUUUCAUACUGUAUGAUGUGGAUGCUCAGCUUAUGACACUCAGGUUUUCCAUUAUUCCUGUGCUCUUACUCGUUCCAACCCUGGUAAUGUUUAUCCCUGUCUACUGGUGUAGCCAUAUCUUCAUCCUUAGAAUAUGUUGGCUUCAGUGUUCAGCAGACUGUGGUAGUUCAUCUUCAGGAGACAGUCUUCUAUUUUUUUUUUUUUUCCUUUUUGAACAUGUUAUACAAUAUUUUUUCCAAACAGUUAUGUUGAAUUGUAGAAAUGUGGGGGUAGAAAAAAAGACAAGCCUGCUGGAAGCUGUAUUGAUACAAAUUAUGGAGUACAGUAUGUGCUUAUCAGAUAGUGUAAAUGCACAAAGAUUAAUUAAACACUGAAGUUGAGAACAUUAUUAUACCUAUGAACAAAUGUAGAUGCAGGCACUUGAAAGUAGACUUUCAGACCAAAGCUAAAAGCCUAUAUUGUAUUCAAAAUAAGGUUUUGAACUCUAGCCUCUAAAUAUUUUAAUGAAGUGAUAUGUAUUAUACUGUAGUAUCACAAUCAAAACCCCUUUACAGUAUAACACUAGACAUGUAUAAACUGACUAAUCCAAUGUUAAUAUUCGUUACCUAAAUGGACAUGUCCAACAAAAUUGUUUGGCCUUAACACUAUAUGUAAGUGAUAACUAGUCAGUUAUGUAUUAAUAUCAAAUUAUUCGUUUCUAUAUCUUAAAUUAUUUCUUUUACAAACUAAUAUAAAUUCCGACAGUUAAAAUAUAUUUUCUUGAACAGUCAGUUUAAAAAAAAAAAAAAAAAAAAAAAAACCUAUAUAGAGUAUUUCACAUCCGAGUAUAAAGACAUUGAAGUUAAAAUUCUGUAACGAAAAGUUUUUUUUUUGUUUACAUGUACACAAAGUUGUCUAAUACAACCCAUUUGGCCAUUUAACGACUAAGAGAAAAAUUAUUUGAUUUUGAACACAAGACAAAUUACACCAUUUGUGAUAAUUUCCCAAUAAAAUAUGUGAACAAAUUUUAAACUGAUACAAUUACUUAAAUGUUACCACUAGGGAUAUUCCUGGUUAUAAUAUAGCAUUAUAUACACUGACAUUCCUCAGCACUAUAAUGGUCAUGGCAAAGCAAAAAACAGGAACUAGCUUUUUUCUUUUUUACAUUCAAUAAAGUGUAAUAUCUUACUGUACAUAUUUAUAUAUAUCUUAUUGUUAAAAACCAUCAAUAACCAACCAUUUUUCUGUGACUUUCUCGAGUUGCUUGGCGACUAUGGGAUUCCUCACACGAAUUUUGACUUCCAACUUUCCUCCCACCAUGCGUUUCCUCUCGUCUAUAAGCUGCAAUACACAUGGUUGUCAAAGUAUAAGCAUAUUAACUAUAUAAUAGUAGAAAAGUAAGUGAAAUCCACUAUGAAAGCUAAAACAAUCCUUCAAUUGUAAAAGUUGAAAUACAGUAGGUUACUUACAUCAUAAGACUCGUGUAAGGUACAUUUUGUUUCUAAAGUCACCAAAGGUACUUUAACACCUCCUAAGAGUGUGUCACGAUGGAACCAGCCCCUGUUUUAAACAAAAAACUAUUAAUGUCUUGUGCACUGUAUUAUGAGUACCAAAUACAUGUAGUAUACUGUU